AUGAUGCAACAAGCCAGAGUUCUCAUAGUGGGCUGCGGCUCUGUCGGAACCAUGUUGGAAAAGUCCCUAAGAGACGCACUCAAGCAUGGCCCUUUCGAUUUUGUCUUGGUGGCCAUGAAGAACUUGCCCGAUGUGUACUCGAUCUCGGAUAUUAUUGGUCCAGCAAUCUCAGCCCAGACGUCAAUCGUGCUCGUUCAGAACGGCAUUGAUAUUGAGCAACCAUUACUCGAAGCCUUUCCGAACAAUAUCUUACUCUCAGGCGUCCCGCUGAUAGGGUGCGAGCUCAACGGGCGCGAGAUGUUGCAUAAUGAUCCAGAUAUUCUUCAGCUUGCGUACUGGUCAAAUCCUAGGUUUACCCUCGAGGAUCAAAGCAACGCGUGCACCGCAUUUGCUCAACUUUACAACAAUGGCGGCGCCAAAUGCAAUAUCCAGACGGAUAUCUCGUGGUUCCGAUGGCGAAAGCUUAUAUGGAAUGCUUCAUUCAACACCGUUUGUGCCAUAACAAACUUGGACUCAGGCGCCAUUCAGGACGCUGGUGGUCUUGACAGCCUUAUCCGCCCAGCCAUGAGAGAUGUUGUGGCAGUUGCCCAAGCAGCGGGCAAUAUCUUCUCCGAUGAGAUCUUGGAUGACAUGGUUGCAUUCACGCCCAAGGAAGCCUCUUUGAAGCCGAGUAUGCAGGUUGACGCGGUGAGACACAAGCCAAUGGAGAUCGAGGUAAUCUUGGGGAAUCCUAUCAAAACCGCGAAGAAACUCGGCGUGCCGGUUCCGACUUUGGAAUUUCUCUACAGUCUCUUGCAAACCAAGCAAUGGAGUUUCUUGAAUUUGGAGAAAUGA